GCAGUGUGUGCUGCCGGCUGCUCUCAUUCGACACACCGCGGAGAGCAGCGCAUUUUAUUUUGUGAAGACGUGAUUCGGGAUUUGAGAAGAUUGUGGAUUCAUUGACAAGCUGCAAAAGGUAACUCAGAGUGGAAGUCCUGGGAUCAUAUUCAACGUUGUUUUUUUCUCCCUCUACUUGAUUACUUAAAAGGAAGAUGAAUGAUGUGUCUGUAAAGGUGAAUGAAAAAGAAAAACCAAGGUCAAAGGCUUGUAACAAGCAAAUUCACAGCGUUUCCUCUGUAGUGAUAGCUCGAUCAAACCUGUUAGAGACGUUGGCUCCAGUCAUGCUACUUACAAUUUGCCUGGCUUUAAUUCAAAGUUAAUGAUCUAUAUGAAGAGAAAUAACAUGCCAACAUUACAGGGUAAUGCCACUCAUGAUAUUACUCUAAUGAACAUAAGCUCGGAUCAAAAAUCACUUGGGGUGUAAAAAGCCGGCGGCUAACAGAUAUGACUUACAACGUGAGCUCUAGAAUAGAUACUCCGACCAACAUUUCUGUGGGUCCCAGUGCCGCCGUCUCUGACUCGCUGGAGUACAAGGCGGUGUCGGUGUUCCUGGUCCUUGUGGUGUGUGGUGCGGGCAUAGUGGGAAACAUCAUGGUGGUCCUCGUGGUCAUCACCACCCGUCACAUGAGGACACCCACCAACUGUUACCUGGUCAGCCUGGCCGUAGCAGACCUGACGGUGCUGGUGGCAGCAGGGCUGCCCAACGUGUCCGACAGUCUGACAGGCACAUGGAUCUUUGGCCACGCCGGCUGCCUGGGCAUCACCUACCUGCAGUACCUGGGCAUCAACGUGUCCUCCUGCUCCAUUACCGCCUUCACCGUGGAGAGGUACAUAGCCGUCUGCCAUCCCAUAAAGGCUCAGACCAUGUGCACAGUGUCCCGGGCUAAACGGAUCAUGGCAGGCGUGUGGAUCUUCACCUGCAUCUACUGCAUGCUGUGGUUUUUCCUGGUGGACAUUCAGGUGAACCAGGACGGACAUGUGCAGUGUGGCUACAAAGUGAAGCGGGAGCUCUACCUGCCCAUCUAUCUCAUUGACUUUGCCAUUUUCUACGUCAUACCACUGCUCCUCGCCAUCGUGCUGUAUUGCUUGAUAGCACGUGUCCUCUACCUCAGCCCGCUGCCCAACCACCCUGAUACCAAUGCCACCACUCUGCGUCGCAGCUGCCGGGAGGCCUCUGAAGCUGGGAGGAAGGGGGUUCGCCAGAGACGGCCAAAGAGCGCACUCUCCUCCAGGAAACAGGUGACAAAGAUGCUGGCAGUAGUGGUGAUCCUCUUUGCCCUACUGUGGAUGCCGUACCGGACUUUAGUUUUGAUCAACUCAUUUGUGUCCACCCCCUAUCUGGAUGCCUGGUUCCUCCUGUUUUGCCGGACAUGCAUCUAUGCCAACAGCGCUAUAAACCCUGUCAUAUACAAUGCCAUGUCUCAGAAGUUUCGCUCAGCAUUUCGCGGGCUUUACCGCUGCCAGAGACCAGAGGUAAAUCACAGGACUCUAUUGAUGAUUCAGACCGGCUUCGGCACCAUCCGAGACCCACAAACCUUGCAGGCAGAUAGCAAUGGAACCAAUGAAAGGGCUAGCAGAAACCUAAUGGAAACUUCAAUUGAGAUGACUUCACAGCAGAAUGGAGGCAGCCACCAGGAGACAGCAACUGUCAAUGGCAAGACAGCAGAACAUUCCACCAACAUUUGCCCAGCUGCUCUCAGCUCUGUUGAGGAUACACCUGAAACGGCUCUAUCUGGAGAUCAGGUGUUGGGUUUUCCUUCACUAGCUGAUACUAUAGCUCAUUAAGCAGACCUGCAACAGACCAUCAGCAGGAAAACAUUUAAGGUUUGAUAUCACCGUAUAAUAGGAUAUCUAUGAAUUUGUCAGUACAAAAAUUAAAUCCAACAAGUAAGAAAAGCUAUCAUUUUAAUUGAGCUGUUUACAUCUGGUGACUAAACCGCCGUAGACCACUAAUGUAUAGAAUUUGCUUUAAUGUAUAGACAAAAAAAUCCUGUGGCUUACAAUAUUUCAUGGUUUGAAAAUGGUCACCUUGAAAGAACCAAUAAAAAUGAGCUAUGUUUUGUUUUACUGACUGACAAACUAAAGGUCAGUUAUUGUGAAUUCAAGGACAAACAAGAAUGCAUCUACUGAAAUGUAUCCCUUGAUCUCCAAUAUCUUUGAAGUAGAAUUUGACGUGAAAAACAAGAAAGGCAUUCUAAUCUUUCAAUAUUGCU